AUGCAUUGUGCGAGACAUGUUGGCAAUCCGAGAUUGCACACUUGCGAAAGAGCUCUGUGUUUGGCGUUGCUUUUUGUGAUUUCUGCAAUUGCCAUAAGUUGUGCUGUUGUGUUCCUCAAGCGACACCUCUUCAGACCAACAGUUGUGUCUAUUGACAGGGAUUAUAUGAACUGGGGAAUAAUUCUGCCGUCGCUGACAUUUUGCGAACACGAGAAGCUGAACGAAACCGCCUUAGAAUUGUACUUGGAAGGCAGAGAAGAAGAUCCUAAAUUGGAACGUUUCCUAAGACAUUUGGUUAAUUUGUCGAUAUACAAUUUAGACACUCUUCCGAGAUAUACAGACAUUGAGCCGAAAGAGUACCUGAAUUUAAUGAAUUCUCUCACAAAUAUUUACGACAAUCGUGUUGUCUUCACGGCUAUGAACAUAUCAAUUCCGCUGGUUCGUGUUAUGACUGAAAUGGGAAUUUGCUGGGCCUUCAAUUCCAAACUCUAUCCCUUCAAUUCAAUUGAAUAUCACAUGAACGGAGAAGAAAAGGUCGCGCCUCAGAUUUUACAGGCUAUUUAUCCCCAUGCAGACAACUUCCCUAUUCUUAUAGCGAUGAAUGGGAGUUCUUAUGACAUUUUCUGGCACAAUCCCAGUGAUUACCCAGCAGCAGAUCAAGUCAUUGAGAUGGACAGAGAAACACCGACUUACACAUCACUAAUCUUCCGAUCCUUUCAACUCUACUGCACGGAUAAAGUCCGCAGAUUGCUGAUCUAUCAGAGACAGUGUCGCUUUGACGAUGAGUCCAAUCUGGACCACUUUCCCCACUUUUACUCCUACGGUCUGUGCAGAACUGAGUGCAAAAUUCAGAGGAUGUUGGAAUUCUGCGGAUGUGUUCCAGUAUUUUACCGCGCAACGCAGUCUGAAGUCUAUUGUGGAGUGCAAGACAUGAAAUGCAUAGCUUUCCAUCGCAUCAAAAUCGAACAAAUGAGCAGGAAUUGCGACUGUUUAAGUCGGUGCGAAGGAAUUGUUUACAAUCUGGACAUCGUUGAUAUGAUCUAUUGGUUUGGAAAGAGCACGAUUAAAUGGGAACUUAUGACUUCAAAAUAUCGCUACAAACGAGAAGUUGUUUAUGGCAUUGAAGAAGUUCUUGUUGCGAUUGGAGCCAAUGCUGGACUUUUCUUGGGCUUAAGCACACUUUCCUUCUUGGAGUUCACUUUCUACUAUUUUAUUCAUAUUUUUCAAUUUGAUAGAAGACGAUUAAAUGAAUUGUAA